GCGCGGGACAGACUGGCUUUAGGACACACCACUCUUCCUCUGUCCAAGAGAAGACCCCAAACCUCCGCUGUGAGCCGCUCACACUCAUCCCAACCAAUAAUGUGAAAAUCAGACGGAAACGUUAGUCAGAUGUUCAAACUCAUCGUCGCUUCAUUGUACUUGAGUGCCGUCUAUUUUCAACCCUGUCACACAGUUUGCAGUCAGGCUACAGUAGGCUAUCCACAAGGAUACCUGGUGUGAGAUGCGGCAAUGUCCCGAGGAAUAUGCCCACGCGUAAACUCUUGCGGAGCCUUCUGGAUUUUGUCAGCGGUCGUAUUUGCGGUGACUGUGAUCGACGUGGACGCGUACAGCUGUCAUGAAGUGAGGACCGCUUUCCAGCUGCGGCAGGUCGGCCCGCUGCACCGCGUACCGGAGAUACCUGGCACAGAUGUGGAUCUGUUGGUUUGCAAGCACCAGGGUCCAUCCUGCUGCACCCGCAAGAUGGAGGAGAGCUACCAGUUAGCCGUAAGAAGAGAAACCCUCCACAACAUUCAGUCCUACAGCUACGAGCUUGAGCACCUCAUCUCUGGACACUCAGAUGCCUUCCAGGACAUGUUCCAGUACCUUCUGUCCUUCUCUCAGGGCCACCUGAGUUCGCUAUUGGAGGGAACCUACACAUCCCUGUCCCGCCAUGCCCUACCCCAUGUCAACCAACUCUUCUCCUCACUCUCCCUCUACCUCCGUGGGGCCAACGUCUCCGUGGAGGCUUCAGUUCACCAAUUUUUUAACAACCUCUUCCCACUUGUCUACACGCGGCUCAUCAAUCCAGGCAUUGAAGGCAGCAUGAUGAUGGGCAAUGAAAUGGGUGACUGUCUCCGUAUGAUCAGGCAGGACGUCAACCCUUUUGGGCCUCAUCCAACUGUCAUGGCCCAGGAGCUUGCCGGGGCAUUGGGAGCUGGGAGGCAACUGGGCCUGGCCCUAGAGGAGGGUCUGGAAGUGAUGAACGCCACUGAACAUGUCAGCAUGAGCAAAGAGUGUGUGAAGAGCCUGGUGAAGAUGGUGUACUGCUCCCACUGCAGAGGCCUGACGCUGAUUAAGCCCUGUGUGGGUUACUGUCUGAAUGUUAUGCGAGGCUGCUUGGCCAGCGUAUCGGAGCUAGAUCAGCCUUGGAGGAGGUAUACCAGCCUGUUGGAGCAACUAACCCACGCCAUGGCUGGCCACCACAGUUUGGAACUAGCCCUGCUGGGGGUUAGAGGGCACGUUAAUGAGGCCUUGCUCUUUGCACAGCUCCAUGGUCCACUCAUCACCGCCACGGUGGACAAGGUGUGUGGCCUGUCUACUGGGGAACCUACAAGCAUUCGGCCUACUAGCCCAGAGGUCACAACCUCUAGCGUGACCUCGUCUUCUCUUCCUCCAUCUGCUGCCCCCUCCCAACCUCUACCCGAGCAGUGGAUGAAGCAGUUAGCCCACUUGAGGAGCUCGUUCCCCCUGAAACCCUCCAAGAACAAUAAACAUAGUCUGAGAACACUCUCUAGGGAGUUCUUGCUGUACCUGCAGCGCUACAAGUCUUUCUUUGCAGCAUUGCCAGAGAUGCUGUGUGAAGGAGAGAAUGUAGUGGACGACUCCACAUGCUGGAGUGGAGAUAACGUGGUGGAGAGCUAUACUGGCCGUGUCGUAGGAAAUGGUCUGCACGCCCAGAGGCAAAACCCAGAGGUCAAAGUUCGCAGCCCGAACCCUACGCUGGCUGAGGUCAAGGAGAGGUUGGAGCGCUUCAACCAGGAGACCCAGGAGAGGUUUCCAAAACUGGGCCAGAUGGAGGCCUGGGAUGAGCUGGGCAGUGGGGAAAUAGAGGGCAGCACCACAGACUGCGAUGAUGAAGAUGGAUGUCAAGCCUCAGGAGACGGUCAAGACCAGACCUCGCAUACAGAAGCCUCCAGUGAAGGGAAGCCCGUCGGGAGACUGCCUGGAGGUGACAACCCGCACGUGAACCCUUCCAAGCCCCCCUCAGUGAAGGUGAUAGGGGGCUCGGCACCUGCCAGCUGGGCACGGCCCUGGAGCCUCGCACUGCUCUUCACGGCACUUGGCUUGCAGUGGACUCUGUUCUGAUGCCAGCACCCUCUGUGAAUCCCCCAACGACCCCUGCCCCCCCUUUAGGAACCACAUACAUGCACAGAGACACUCAUAUAUACAUAUCACGCAUAGUAUCCCUACUCAUGUCCUCAACGUGUACGGAUGGCUGGUAAUGAUGGAAAAAAUGGAAAAGGCGUGGAAGAGAAGAGGACAACGUUGUAGGAGACAGUAGACGGGGGGCUCUUGCAGGAACUUGUUGUCCUGCAGCAUCACCAAUGUGGGUGUUUGCACAAGCUAAUCUCAUGCACGCUCAUCUACAAAGAUUAGGCCGGCUGCUUCUUCUAGGCUGUUUGGGACUAGACGUUUGUGUACAGACACCAGUACGGCCCAACCACUUACACGACACACCCUUUGUGGUUCAGAACGGGACUGCGUCAUUCUGAUUUUACUUAAAAGUGCUUAUACAGACUCGCAUACACAUAUACAGUACAAAUACAGCCGUCUUCUCUUUCUGCUGUUGGUUUUUACUUAUCCUUUCAUCAUAGCCUCUGCACCAUUUGCCAGCCAGGCAGAAGAAUUCAGCUCAUUUAAAAACUCUCCUCAUUUUCUUUUGGAGGAUUAAGGAAUGCAUGAUAGACUGAUAGAUCAAUCCCAGGUGCCUGGCCCAGAACAGCAGAUUUGAUAUACUCUAAUGACUGUGUACCUUGGCGGGGAUUAGAAUGUAAUGAGUUCACAGGUAGAGCACGGGCACAGUUGCACGGCUGAACACAUUGUGCAGACAAACUAGGUGUGUAUAGUAUGUAACUGUAUAUAGGUGGAAAAGAUUUGACGGAGUGUAUGAGGUCCUGAUUCAACAAAAAGCUCUUAACUGAUUGAGCUGAAUGGGGUUUUCUUUUCCCUCAGCUGUGAACGGACUGCGCUUGUCUGCUCCAUACUACAUAUAAAACAAUGCAAAAAAAAACAGUUAAACCUAUAGAGAUUUAAUUUCUAUCAGAAGUAAAGCAGGAAUGCACAUCAUUUUUCCAACUCAAGCCAUUGACAUAAAUGGUUACAUUUUGGAUGUUUGAACAAAGCCUGUACAUUGUUGAUUUUACUAAUGUUUAUUGUGCAUCCAGUUUUGUGUGUUUGCUCGUUGAAUUGCACAUUAAUGCAUGUAUAACCUACCAAGUUAUCAAAAUUGUUAUGGUAGGACCAGGCCCUUCUUUAAGAAUCACCAAAAACUCAUUUCCAGUAAAAUUUCCUGAUGGCGCGACGACAGGUUUCAUCUUCCUCUCUCAAAUGACGGUUUGAAACUUGAAAACAAGAGGAAGGUUGGGCUGCAGAUUGAACACAAAUACAAUUUAACACACACACAAAAAAGACGUGUAGAGUAUUUUUUACAAAGCUGUGUGCAUCUAUUGUUCAGAACAGUGGUGGCCAUUGUGUACAACCCACGUCCUGAUAUAUCCUACAUUUUGCCAAAUAAGCUCUAAUGUCUCUUCACUCUAUCUUAAGCAGACCAUUCCUUGGAAUUCCAACAGAAUAAAAGCAAAUCCUUCUUAGUUUUAAAUGAUUCCUCAUGGGGAUGGAGCAAAAGGGAAGUUCAACAAAAAAAAACAAAACUGUGUGACUGUUAUAACGGCUUCCUCUGUAUACCUGCUUUCUCUCUUGUGUAGAGGACGGCUUAUGUACUGGUACAGUAAAGUACCUGUGUGAAUGAGGAUGAAUGUAUGGUCAAUGCUAUGCAGAUACAGUAUUAAGCCUGAUAAUGCCUGAAAGCUACACAGAUACAGUAUCUAAGCUAAAUAGGUCUAUACACUUACAUGGGUCUAUGUGCAGUGAAAUACCUCUUCCAUUAACUAGCCUGUAUCAUAAACAGAAAAGCAGCUCACCGUUGACUCUGCCUAAAAGUGGAAGGAUGACCUGCUUAACUACCUGCAUUUACACAGUUAUAGACAAAGUGUUGCAGUUGAUGAACAGAGACGACUGCAGCGAUGUAGGGUGUUAGCAGUUUAAAUGUGUCACAUCUUGUGUUCUGUAACCACAUUGUGUUUAGUUCAUAUGAUUUCCUCCGUGUAUGUUUUGUUCAUGACUGUCGUUCAUCACACCCACAGACACUUACAGCCCUUUACCCUCGCAUGUGUAUAAAUGUACAUAUUUUAAGUCA